GGUCCGAAUUCUGAUUCUUAACGUGAAAGCGGGUGUAGAUUAAAGCAUGCUUUCAAAGGCAUUGUUUUUAAUUUUACUUUUCACGAGUGACGUCAACGCCCUGAAAUUGUGGUUUCUGUCUGAGCCCGCAGACUCUUCCAUCGACUCAGAAGCAAAUUAUUAUCCAUGCUUCCGCGAUCUUAAUUGUGCAUUAGGGGUCGAGAUGAAAACACAACUAAAGGAAUGUAUGCAGUUACUUCAAAAAAAGAGCAGAGGUGAAGUCUUUCAAUGGAUAAAAGACGGUUCACGAGGUAUUAUAAAUACAAACGAUAUUGACGAGUUUCAAGAAAAAUUUUGCGGCAUGGAAGAAUAUCAAAGAAAAGAAGGAUUUACUGCCGUAGUGAAGAAAAUUUUGGAUUAUUAUAUGAUGAAUUGCAACGGUGAAUCCGAAACAGAUACCUGUGAAAACAUUCAAGAAUUAAAAAGGUGUAUCUGUGAUUUGUUUGAAGAGAAUGUUGAAAAGAAGAAGUGCGGAUUUCUAGUUGAUCUACAGAAGGGAAAGCUGAAAUAAGAGCAUCAUGCAGAGGCGGCGCUAGCUUGUAUUUCCUCCCAUUCUAUAUAUUGGAAUGUCAGUUAAAUGUGCAGAUAAAUAUGGAG